CCCUCCGAAACAGUAGGUAGUACAUGGCGUCGGAAAUUGAAACAUUUGAAAAACCUUGAAGCAUCGGUAGGAAUAUGUCAAGCGAUUCUGCGGACUACAAUAGCUCUAGAGACAGAGACCAUGGGGGCCCUGAUGGAAUGGAGCCAGAUGGUGUCAUUGAGAGCAACUGGAAUGAGAUCACCGACAACUUUGAUGAUAUGGCCCUGAAGGAGCUGCUCCUGCGGGGGAUCUACGCCUACGGGUUUGAGAAGCCGUCUGCCAUCCAGCAGAGAGCCAUCAUCCCCUGCAUUAAAGGCUAUGACGUCAUUGCGCAGGCCCAAUCGGGGACGGGGAAGACGGCCACGUUCGCCAUCUCCAUCCUGCAGAAGCUGGACUUGGGGCAGAAGGAGACCCAGGCUCUGGUGCUGGCCCCCACCAGAGAGCUGGCUCAGCAGAUCCAGAAGGUGAUCCUGGCCCUGGGGGACUACAUGGGUGCGGCCUGCCACGCCUGCAUCGGCGGCACCAACGUCCACAACGAGAUGAAAAAGCUGGAGGCCGAGGCCCCGCACAUCGUGGUGGGCACGCCCGGACGCGUCUUCGACAUGAUGAACCGCCGAUAUCUGUCUCCUAAGGCCAUCAAGAUGUUCGUCUUGGACGAAGCCGAUGAAAUGCUGAGUCGAGGAUUCAAGGAUCAGAUCUACGAGAUAUUUCAAAAAUUAAGCACGAACAUCCAAGUGGUGCUGCUGUCGGCCACCAUGCCUGUCGAGGUGCUGGAGGUCACCAAGAAGUUCAUGCGGGACCCCAUCCAGAUCCUGGUGAAGAAGGAGGAGCUGACCCUGGAGGGCAUCCGCCAGUUCUACAUCAACGUGGAGAGAGAGGAGUGGAAGCUGGACACGCUGUGCGACCUGUACGAGACCCUGACCAUCACCCAGGCGGUCAUCUUCCUCAACACCAGGAGGAAGGUGGACUGGCUCACCGAGAAGAUGCACGCCCGCGACUUCACCGUGUCCGCCCUGCAUGGAGACAUGGACCAGAAGGAGAGAGACGUCAUCAUGAGAGAGUUCCGUUCAGGAUCCAGCCGAGUCCUGAUCACCACCGACCUGCUGGCCCGUGGCAUUGACGUGCAGCAGGUGUCUCUGGUUAUCAACUACGAUCUGCCCACCAACCGGGAGAAUUACAUCCACAGGAUUGGGCGCGGAGGCCGAUUCGGCAGAAAAGGUGUGGCCAUCAACUUUGUUAAUGAGGACGACAAGAGGAUCCUUCGCGACAUUGAAACUUUUUACAACACGACCGUUGACGAGAUGCCGAUGAACGUGGCUGACCUGAUCUAGAACUGACACGCGGCUGGGUUACUCUUAUGAUUUUUUUUUCCGGCGCUCGCUGUCGCAGAACCAACGGCUGCAUUGCGGUUAUUUUCUCCGAAAUAUAUCGAAUCUAUCUUUGUGUCUAAU